AUGGAUAACGAGGAAAAUUUAGAAGGGAUGAUGGGGGAGUGGUUGGAGUAUGCUGAAACUAAUUUGUCAAGUUCUGAUGGAGAAGAACAAGCGAAGGAAAGGAAAAAAGAGAACGUACGAAAGAAGAGGAAUGAUCAACAAAAUCAAGAUAAGGAAAAAGACAAAGAGACCGAGAAAGAGGAUAAUGAAAAAGAAAAGGAGAAAGAGGUUGAACGACCAGAAAAGAAGCAAAGGGUUGGAAAGAAAACAUCGAGUGUGUGGGAUCAUUACACUAUGUUGCCUGAUUGUGAUCCUAAGAAGCCAAGAGCUGCUUGCAAUUAUUGUGGCACCGAUUAUGCGACUGAUACAAAGUUGAAUGGGACUAGCACACUAUGGGCACAUGUGGAGAGAAAAUGUAAGAAGUGUCCUUUCAGUGACUGGGUUGAGCAAAGUAAGAAGCAAUAA